CCCAUACGGAAACACUUGCUGCUUUUUCCGAGAAAGACGAGGAGUAGACAACAUGAGCUUUGCUGAAAGUGAACCAGAAAAGUGCUAUGAUCCUUUGGACAACACGGUCCCAUUGGUAGACGGAAAAGAUGACUUGGAUCCCUUUUCAUUGGAUGAUGGUGUCUUAAAAGCACGUCUCUCCUGUGGGCAUGUUGUUUCUCCAGAAUCUCUCACUGCAGCCUGUCGCGCCCAACUAGAUGAGGGUAAUUACAAAUUCAAAUGUCCUGCCCUUAUUGGAGAAAGACCCUGUAACAGUCCCUUGUCAUACCAAGAGGUGCGCAGACUGGCUGAUUUGACUGUAAAGGAGAUGCAGUACUUUGAAGAGAACAUUGCACGUCUGGCUGCAGCGGACUACAGUGAUAUUGAGAGGUGCCCCAAAUGUAAGACUAACAUUGAGAGGAAGGACAUGGCCAACCUGUGUGUGCAGUGCAGCGUGUGUUCGGCUGAACGGAGAGAGCCGUACCUUCUGUGCUGGCAGUGUCUAAAGCCGUGGAAAGGCAACGCACCUCGCUCCGAUCACUGUGAAAACUCAGGCUGCAAGAACUAUGAGCUGGAGCUGCUCCAGAACUGCAAACUCACUAACCUGCCCCAAGUGCGUGGGGCAGACGCGGUCCCCUCCAUCCGGGCCUGUCCCACCUGCGGACAGAGAGUAGAGCAUGACAAAACAGGCUGCAAAAACGUCAUUUGUCCUCGCUGCCAGAAGGAGUUCUGCUUUGUGUGUCUGAAGCUCACUCCUGAGUGUCUGAAGACCAGCUCCUACUUCAUCCCCUGCAGCGCUGGAGUGGCCCCCCGACAGACCUCCAUCCCAGUGUGGCGCAGGACCUGAGGCCCCUCUCUGUGCCAUUACCAAAUACUAUGACAAACAUUCAACUUCAAUAUGUAACAGCAAUAUUUAACUUUAGUCUAUGCUGUUUGUUCUACUCUAACUUGUAAAAGAUGCAGUUGUAAUUUAGCUUGUGAAAUGUCUGAAUAAAUAAAUUUAACUGCAUCUGUAGAGACUGAAAUUAAUGUGAAAUUUUAGCUUUAACUCUGUUCUAAAAAUGUUACGGU